AUGUUGUGUGAGAAUGGUGAGACAAGUGCCACCACAGUCCACAAUCUUGCGCUGAACUCAUCUUCCGUAAUGGGCUCGACAAGUGCCACCACAGCAGUUUCUUCCGCUGUUGAUAUUGGCGUUGGGCAGUCGGGCUCUUUGUUUGCAAGUACUGUGAUUACCAAGGGUAGUGCAGCUAUGCAAGGAGUGAAGUCGUCUCAAGGGCCUCUGCACCAUUCCCAUGACAGUAGGCAUCAUGUUGAUUUCAAAGGUCCUUAUAAAGAUUGUGUUCUUCCUUGGGGAGAAGGGUUUGUGAGAGUAUCGACGGUGAAGCUUUCGGAUAGUUCAGGGGCAGUUUGGAUUGGGAAGGAUGAUAGCGGGGAACUGAGCUGCGAACGUAAAUGCAGGAAGCAAUGUUCAUGUUCUGCAUAUACUGAAAUAGAUGAUGCUUUGAAGAUCAAGGGUUGCUUGUUGUGGUAUGGAGAACUAGUGGAUACAGUGUAUUUUCCUGCUAGUUCCCAGGAAUUGUAUGUUCGAGUUGAGGUAGAGGAAUUUGCUACGUUUCAAGGGGGGUUUAACGAUUCACUUGAGUUGAAGUUGCGCAUUCUUCUAUCAUCUAUUGGUUCAGCAGGGUUCCUUGUUAUCGUGUUUGCCUUCUUUUGGCUCAGGCAGCGGCAAAUCAACUCAGUAAAGAAGAGAAGGACCAGAUAUUUGUUCCAUCCAAUUGAUGGUUCAAACCACUUCCAGGAUUUUGGGGGUGGGGAGGACAUGGAGGGUCAUUCAGUAUACCCGAGUUGCCAUUCUUCAAUCUCAAUGACAUUUGAGCUGCUUUUUUCUCCAGCUAACAAGCUUGGAAGAGGAGGUUUUGGCUCCAUGUACAAGGAGCGACUACUAAAUGGACAAUUAGUUGCAGUGGUCUACCGUUUCUGCCUUGCAACUGCAUGGAUAUGA